UGUCAAAUUGAAUUGUGAUGACAUAAUCGUACACGAUGGUUCUAGUCAGUAAGGGAGACUUUAUAUGGAUCGAGCCCACGGAUGGGGAAAGUAUCCCACUAGGAGCACGAGUUUUGGAUCGGGAUCAUGGUCGACUGAAAGUUCUCGACGAUAAUGGAAAAGAGCAAUGGCUUUCUGCGGAUCGGCGGGUCCGGAUUAUGCAUCCGACAUCUGUCCAGGGAGUUGAGGAUAUGACAAAGUUGGGGGAUUAUCAUGAAAGUGCUAUGCUAAGGAAUAUUCUCGUGCGAUAUCGCGAGAAGCUCAUCUAUACCUAUACUGGUUCAAUACUCAUAGCUGUCAAUCCUUACAUGGAUAUACCCAUCUAUACUGCUGUCCAAAUACGUAUGUAUAAAAGAAAGAAAAUUGGAGAGCAACCCCCACACAUUUUUGCCAUAGCUGACAAUGCAUACUCGAACAUGAAGAAUCAUCAGAAAAAUCAAAGCGUUGUGAUCAGUGGCGAAUCAGGCGCUGGAAAAACUGAAUCAACCAAGCUAGUCUUGCAAUUUCUUGCCACUAUCAGCGGUCAGCACAGCUGGAUCGAACAACAAGUACUUGAGGCUAACCCGAUUCUGGAAGCUUUUGGUAAUGCCAAAACCAUACGAAACGAUAACUCGUCCCGAUUUGGAAAGUAUAUCGAUGUGCAUUUCAAUCCUGGAGGCUCUAUUGAAGGGGCGAAAAUAGAGAAGUAUUUGUUGGAAAAGUCUCGGAUAGUCUCGCAAUCCCAAGGUGAAAGAAAUUAUCACAUUUUCUACUGCUUGUUAGCUGGGCUGUCACCAGAAGAGAAAAAACAUCUCGAGUUGACAAAACCCUCCGACUAUUUCUAUUUAACGCAGGGCAAAUCUCUGGAAGCAGACGGUCGCGAUGAUGCAGCAGAUCUAGCUGAGAUUCGCUCGUCAAUGAAAGUUCUGCUCUUCAAAGAGCCUGAAAUUGGCCAUAUUUUCCAACUCUUGGCGGCCCUUUUACACAUCGGCAAUGUCAAAUAUCGCGGCACCGUAGUGGACACCAUUGAAGGAGUAGAAGUGAGCGACGCGGCAAACGUGGCCAGAAUUGCUCGAUUGCUUGAAGUGUCGGAACAAAACUUGCUCACAACGUUGACCACAAGGACUAUUGUGACAAGAGAGGAACGAGUUGUUGUGAGGUUAUCGUCACGAGCUGCUGUCGAUGCACGUGACGCACUUGCUAAAGGGAUCUAUGGACGGCUGUUUGACUAUAUUUUGACAAGGAUCAACGAUGCUAUUUAUAAACCACGAAACGACCCAAAAAACCGUCAUUCCAUUGGAAUUUUGGAUAUCUUUGGAUUCGAAAAUUUUGGAAUGAACAGCUUCGAACAGCUGUGUAUCAACUACGCUAACGAGAGCUUACAACAAUUUUUUGUCCAACAUAUUUUCAAAAUGGAGCAGGCUGAGUACGAUAAGGAGCAAAUCAACUGGCGUCACAUUAAAUUUAUCGACAACCAGGAAACGCUUGAAAUGAUCGCCAUUCGACCGAUGAAUUUAUUUUCAUUGAUCGAUGAAGAAAGUAUCUUUCCUAAGGGCACUGAUCAGUCCAUGUUGAGCAAACUCCACAGCAAUCACUCAAAGGGCACAAUGUAUUUGAAGCCGAAGUCUGAUUUGCAAAGAUCAUUCGGAGUCAAGCAUUUUGCUGGGGCUGUUUUUUACCAAACUAAAGGUUUCCUGGAAAAGAACCGUGACGCCUUUUCGGCGGAUCUCCUUGCUCUCGUACAAGCAUCCAAAAUGCAUCUUCUGCUGCGAAUAUUUGAUAUUGUAGACUAUAGUGAAAAUGGCACCAUCAGAGGCAAGGUAGUCACUGUAAGUGGUCAAUUCCGGAAAUCUCUUGAGCAGCUGAUGCAACAGCUCAACCAGACUGAGCCAUUCUUCAUACGUUGCAUAAAACCAAACGAUUACAAGAGAGCUUUGAUGAUGGAUCGCGAUCUCGUACUUCGUCAGCUACAGUAUUCUGGAAUGAUGGAAACGAUCAAAAUUCGACGCAAUGGCUAUCCGAUUCGUCAUGAUUUUGAGCCAUUUGUUAGGCGAUAUCGUGUGCUUGUGAAUGGAAUUGGAGCCCCAACUAAAGCCAAUGCUCGUGAUGCUGCUGAACAAAUUUGUCAAAAAGUGCUGGGUCCAAACUCGCAAUACCAGCUAGGAAAAACCAAAGUUUUCCUCAAAGAAAGGCAUGAUCUCUUCCUGGAACAGGAAUACCACCGUAUGCUCGAUUAUCGUGCUAUCAUGAUCCAGAAAAAUGUACGAGGCUGGCUAGCAAGACGUUCAUUCAUCAAAAAGAAGGAAGCAGCUACCGUAAUCCAGAAACAUUGGAAACGUUAUGAACAGCAGAAGCGUUACAAUCAGAUUGUGGCUGGCUUCUGUCGACUGCAAGCUGUUCUUCGUUCACGACAACUCGUCCUACACUACCAAACCCUUCGGCGUAGCAUCAUCAAUUUCCAGGCUGCCUGUCGUGGAGCUAUUGUUCGCGCAAAGAUAAAAGAGUUGAAGAAAAAAGGUCAGAAGAAAAUAAUUGCUCUGGAAGAGCCGAAGGAGGAGGAGAGAGAUGAGUUCAAGGAGGAAGAGCUGGUCGGACAGCUUUUCGACUUCCUUCCAAAUGAUGCACGUCCGGAAACUUCCGCGGAAGAGUCUACCAGCAGUGACAGCAUACCUACACAUGUCCAGAAUAAUGUCCGUGCUAUCGACAUAGGCGACUUGGAAAAAUUCCAAUUUGGCAAAUUUGCGGCUACAUAUUUCCAAUCGCAAAUUUCUGCUACACAUUCUAAGAAACCCUUGAAGUCACCACUGCUUUCGCAUCAGGAUCCAGGAACCCAAUUGGCUGCCAUGGCGGUUUGGGUAACAAUACUUCGAUUUAUGGGAGAUUUACCCGAUGUAAAACUAAGUUCAACCAACGGAGAUGUUCCGGACAAAACUCCCGUAAUGAAUCGAUUGUACGAGACUUUGGGAAGAAAAUAUACCCGGAAAGAUGUCGAAGAAGCUGCACAUGCAGAAGAUUUCGAUUCUGCUGGGAGGACGUUGAGGAAGAACAUGGGCAAGAAACUGAUAUCGAUGACACUGAAAAAGAAGUCGAAAUUAACGGCUGUGAGCUCAUCGUCAUCGGAACACUCUAGCGAUUCCUCAAUCUCUGGAAAUGCCUUGAUGGAAAAUAGACCUAUGAGCUCUUUGGAUAAACUUCAUUAUAUUAUCGGAAUGGGUAUUUUGCGCGAGGAACUGAGGGACGAGAUCUACUGUCAACUUUGCAAGCAGCUAUCAUCGAAUCCUUCCCGGUUAUCUGCAGCUCGCGGAUGGAUCCUGCUUUCCUUAUGCGUCGGAUGUUUUGCCCCUAGUCCAACAUUUAUUAAAUACCUGUACUGCUUUAUUCGGGAACGAGGCCCAACUGGUGCCGGAUAUGCGGCUUAUAUGGAGGAGCGCUUGAAACGAACCGAACAGAAUGGAUGCAGACAUCAACCGCCGAGUUACAUAGAGUUGCAGGCCAACAAGUCCAAGAAGCCCAUAAUUCUGGCUGUGACAUUCAUGGAUGGCUCCGUUAAAACGCUAGCAGCCGAUAGUGCUACAACUGCAGGGGAACUUUGCGUACAAUUGGCGGAAAAAGUCGGUCUCAAAGAGAAAUUCGGCUUCAGCCUGUAUAUAGCGCUAUUUGACAAGGUCUCUUCACUUGGUUCUGGCGGUGAUCAUGUGAUGGACGCGAUUUCUCAGUGUGAGCAAUAUGCAAAGGAACAGGGUCGGCCGGAGCGCAAUGCUCCUUGGAGAUUGUUCUUCCGAAAGGAGAUUUUCACUCCUUGGCAUGAUGCCAGGCAAGACGCAGUAAGCACAAACCUGAUCUACCAGCAAAUUGUCAGAGGCAUCAAGUAUGGCGAGUAUCGCUGCGAUAAGGAGGACGAUCUGGCUGUCUUGGCUGCCCAGCAGUACUUCAUCGAAGAGGGCCCACUAGACGUAAAUCGUCUCGAAAGUCAGCUUCACAACUACUUGCCGGAUGCCGAGCUGAAUGGAAAAGAAAUGGCUCGAGAGAAGUGGAUCCAGUCGAUUAUGUAUCAUUACCGAAAGAGAUUCGGUGUCAAUCCUCCAUCACCUCAUCAUGUCAAGGAAGAUGUGGUUUCGUUUUCCAUGCUCAAGUGGCCUUUGUUGUUCUCCAGAUUCUACGAAGCCACGAAAUUCUCUGGAACAUCACUUCCGCGCAAGGAAGUUAUAGUUGCUGUGAACUGGACAGGUGUUUACAUAGUGGACGAUCAAGAGCACGUACUGCUUGAGUUCAGCUUCCCCGAGAUAACGCGAGUAUCUCAUACUAAGGGCCCGAAACCAGGUUCUGACAUCUGCACGAUAAGAACAGUGACUGGUGAUGAGUACUCGUUCCAAUCUCCAAAUGCUGAAGAUGUCAAAGAUCUGGUGUCUUCUUUUAUUGGUGGAUUGAAGGAGCGAAGUAAAUAUGUGGUUGCUACGAAAGCGCAAAAAGGAGAUGACCAAUCAAAUCUUCUGGAAUUCGAAUGUGGUGAUCUUCUGAUGUUGUUGGAUAAGACGACUGGUAAAGAUCUUCUGAAGGAAAAACAUGUCAAGGGAGAAUGUGCCAGAACAUGCUUGCAAGGUUUGAUCCAGACGGAAAACGUUUACGUUUUACCAACGUUGGUCAAACCUAAUAUUAACACUUUGAAACUCUUCGCCAAAGGAGAGCAGAUGGCCUUGGAUAUCCUAAACAAUAAUCAAGUAGUCGUUUUCCAAGCUAACGGCAAACCACACACUCUGGAACAGUUUGCAAUAGCGAACUUCAGACCGGCCCAAAAGCCAACAAUGACGCAACGGUCGAUAUUGACACUUCGACGUCGUGACGUUGGUCCCAUGCCACGCUGGAGGUUUAGCCGUGAACCAACGGAUGUCCCAUUGUUGAAAAAGCUAGAAGGACGCGAUGAGCAGUGGCGAGAAGCUAUGUCUAUGUUUGUCUUUGUAAUGAAAUAUAUGGGUGAUCAACCGUCGAGGAGGAGUCGGCUAGGGACUGAUUUGACGGAUAAUAUAUUCAAGCCAGCUAUUGCUCAUGAAAUUCUACGGGACGAACUAUAUUGUCAACUUUUGCGGCAAGUCACUCUCAAUCCAUCAAUGCUGUCAGAGGAGCGUGGUUGGGAAUUGAUUUGGUUGGCCACAGGUCUAUUUACGCCGAGUACCAGCCUAAUGAAGGAGGUGAUCCAGUUCUUCAAAUCGCGACCGCACCCUGUGGCACACGAUUGCUUGAAUCGAAUUAUGAAGAUGAAUAAGGGACUAUCGCGAAAAUAUCCACCACAUCUGGUUGAAGUUGAAGCGAUUCAGCAAAAAACAACGCAGAUAUAUCACAAGGUCUUCUUCCCGGAUCAAUCGGAUGCAGCCGUAGAAGUAGAAUCAUCGACAAGAGCUCGAGACUUCUGUCAUCGUAUAGCACACAGAUUAGCGUUGAAGAAGCUUGAUGGUUUUUCGCUUUUCGUAAAAAUCAAGGAAAAAGUUCUGGCGGUACCAGAAAACGAGUUCUUCUUCGACUUUGUACGUCAGCUGUCUGAUUGGGUGCAGAAUAACCAUGCUUUGAAGGAGAACCCCAUUCUCCCGAUAAACUACCAAGUAUUCUUUAUGAGAAAGUUGUGGAUGAAUGUGAGACCGGGUGCUGAUAAAAAUGCCGAUUUGAUAUUCCAUUAUCAUCAAGAGUGUCCCAAAUAUCUGUUGGGCUACCAUAAAGUUGGAAAGCAAGAAGCAAUCGACAUUGCUGCCGUCAUUUUGAGAGCAAUAACGAAGGAUGUAAAGAAUGCUCCACUAGCACAGAUACCUCAGCUUUUGAGCGAAUUGGUGCCAAAGGAUAUAAUGAAGUCAAUGUCAUCGACUGAAUGGAAGAAGGCAAUCACCUCAGCAUAUGUGAAAGUGGAGCAUCUUACUUCGGAUCAAGCUAAGCUCGAGUUCCUCAACGUCAUAGCUAAAAAAGAGACAUUCGGUUCUGCCUUCUUCCCGGUCUCACAGUACUCUGAUCUGAGCUUGCCUGAUAAAUUAUUGAUCGCUAUCAAUCAAAAAGGAAUCAAUCUUUACGAUGUCGAGACAAAGAAGUUGAUCACUCAGUAUCCAUUCAACGUCAUUUGCAAUUGGACAAGUGGAAAUACCUACUUCAAUAUGACAGUUGGAAGUGGAUUGAGAGGCAGUGAGGGAAAGAAGCUGCUUCUUGACACUACUAUGGGUUACAAAAUGGAUGACCUUAUUACGUCCUACAUAUCCGUUCUUAUUUCUGGUCAAACAAUUCGACCCAGUAGCAAAUUUAGGCCGGAAUCUGUGAUUUGAAAAGAAAAUGCCCACCAAUCUACCUCACUUACGGUAAAUGUCUUUCUGCGUGUAGUUCACAAUUACUCUUAGAAUGUGCCAAAUGUAUAUCUUUGUCUCACAAAAUGCUCCAGUUUGACUCAUUUCCUAAAUAUGUGCAAACAUUGUCAUAGAUUUUUACUUGUUCAGUUAGUCUUUUGAAAAAUGCAAAAUGUAAUAAAUAUGAAAUAUAGUUUGAUAUAAAAAUAUUCUGUGAUGACU